CUCGGUCCCCGCCGGGCGCCAUGCGGGUGCCGCUGUCCCUCCUGGCUGUGGCGGCGCUGCUGGCGCCCCGCCGGAGCGCGGCUUCCCAAGGGGAGCAACCGCCCGCAGUGCCUUCACCAACGGGGCUUGUAGUAACAUCUGAAAAUUUCAAAACAGUUUUGCAAUGGCAGUACCCAUCUAUUUCUGAAACUCCUCAUUUUAUUGUGGAAAUCAAGCCUUACAAUUUAGGUGAAUAUAAGGAGGUCUCAACCUGUGUGAACACUUCAGCUCAUUUUUGUGAUGUCUCAGAGGAAAUAUGUGACCCUUAUUCAUCUCAUUGGCUUAAAGUUAAAGCUGUUGUUGGGUCACAACAGUCUGAAUAUGUUGAGGCAAAUGAGUUUAUUUUGCAAAGGCAUGGAAAAAUAGGACCACCAAAACUGAAUAUCUCAAGACAUGGUGAUGAAAUCAUGGUUGAUAUUCACCAUCCUGUAUUCCCUCUUUCUUGUAUUGAAGACAUUUAUUCAUCUCUUGCCUACUCGGUGACUGUUCGGAAUAGUAAAAAUAAGACUGAAGAGCUUGAAGACGACAACUGUACAAUGCAUAAGUGUAGCCUCAAAAUCCCAAUCCUUCCUCAAAGUUCCACUUACUGUGUUUCAGCAAUAGCAAUUUUUGAUUCUCUGAUGUUUGGCACUCCAUCAGAGGAAAUUUGCACUCCUGUUGCUCUCAGGCAGACAUUGAGUUCACAUGAUAUCGUCAUUCUGUGUGUUGUUAUUGGGAUCUUGACAGUAAUACCAACAGUAUAUUGUGGCUGCAAGAAACUAAGGAAAAACAACAUACAGCUGCCUAAGUCUUUGGUCAGUGUGAUGAGAAACCUGAACACAGGCCCUCUAAUGGGACCAAGAUCAGAGGGGAAAUAUAUGUCUGUAAUAUCAGGCCACUCAGAGUUGCCAGUGAAUGGUGAAGUAACCUUGCUGGAGAUAGAGCCAGAAGAACAAACUGUUAGUCCUGUGAGUUCCUGUGAUGGACAAUCUUCUGUCCCUUCCCCAGAGGCACCAGCCAAAGCAGAAGAGGUGACUGUGCAGGAAAGCACAGGGGAGGUCUCUUUUGAUGCUGAUGAACAGAAUUGCGAAGGAAAAGAGAGUUACUUCAUUUCUAACAGUAGCCAAAUGGAUAUUUCCAGUAAGUCUUCAGGGUCAGAGAUUGCUACCACAGAAACACAGCAAACAGUCGUUCCAAGCAGCUGCUUCAAGUUUUCUGGCUAUGACAAGCCUCAUGUUCCAUUGGAUAUGCUGAUGAUAGAUGUUGGUGAAGAGCAGCCUGUGAAUGCUUACAGGCCAACUGAGUAGCCAGGAUGAAGUGCUGGAGUGCUUGACCAAAACUCAGAAAGAACAGCAUUACUAAAGCUUAUGGAAAGUCUGGGUUAAAUUGUGAACAUCUAUAAGUUGUACUUGUUCUGAUCGGUGCACAAUUGAAAAUAGUACCUGAAAAUGGCAUAAAAUUGUGGGGAAAUUUCAUAAUAACCACUUUUUUAAGCGCUUUUAUAUAUGAUAUAACUCAUUACUUCCUAUUUGGAAUAGUCCUGUGCUUUUUAACAAUACUCUAUAGAAAACAUACCAUCAACUAUAAAACAGCAGCUGUACCAGUAUUCACUUCUGCUUCAAAUCUUGUUCAAAAUUAGUUCAAUGAACAUAAUGCUUAAGAAAUACGUCACUUGAUAAUGAUAGACAUGUGCAAGAAAUAUUUGGGAGUUUUUACUAUUACUGGAGGUAUCCUCUUGCUUAUCUUCUUCUUUUGAAGAGUAUUUUUAUAUUAAGUGCUCUUAUUUCUUUUAAAUAAGAUUAUGUCUAUAAGCUC